CGGCGCGGACCCCGGCCCCGACCCCAGCGCGGACCCACCGGCCGAGCCAGGACCCAACGAUGACUCUGAAUAAUGUCACCAUGCGCCAGGGCACUGUGUGCAUGCAGCCGCAGCAGCAGCGCUGGAGCGUCCCAGCCGAUGGCAGGCAUCUGAUGGUACAGAAAGAGCCCCAUCAGUACCACCGCCACCACCGCCACUCCGCUGCCCCCGAGGACCACUGCCGCCAAAGCUGGUCCUCUGACUCCACAGACUCAGUCAUCUCCUCUGAGUCAGGGAACACCUACUACCGGGUGGUGCUCAUAGGGGAGCAGGGGGUAGGCAAGUCCACUCUGGCCAACAUCUUUGCAGGCGUGCACGACAGCAUGGACAGCGACUGCGAGGUGCUGGGAGAAGAUACGUAUGAACGAACCCUGAUUGUUGAUGGGGAAAGUGCAACAAUUAUCCUCCUGGAUAUGUGGGAAAAUAAGGGGGAGAAUGAAUGGCUCCAAGACCACUGCAUGCAAGUCGGGGACGCCUACCUGAUUGUCUACUCCAUCACAGACCGAGCGAGCUUUGAGAAGGCAUCUGAGCUGCGAAUCCAGCUCCGCAGGGCCCGACAGACAGAGGACAUUCCUAUAAUUUUGGUUGGCAACAAAAGUGACUUAGUGCGGUGCCGGGAAGUGUCUGUCUCAGAAGGGAGAGCGUGCGCCGUGGUGUUCGACUGCAAGUUCAUCGAGACCUCCGCGGCCGUGCAGCACAACGUGAAGGAGCUGUUCGAGGGCAUCGUGCGGCAGGUCCGGCUCCGGCGGGACAGCAAGGAGAAGAACGAGCGGCGGCUGGCCUACCAGAAGAGGAGGGAGAGCAUCCCCAGGAAAGCCAGGCGCUUCUGGGGCAAGAUCGUGGCCAAAAACAACAAGAAUAUGGCCUUCAAGCUCAAGUCCAAAUCCUGCCAUGACCUCUCUGUGCUCUAGGCACCCAGAGUCACGCAGAUGUCCCCCCAAGGGGACAUCGCCGAUGGCCGUCGGGACCGAUAAUCUAUAUUAGAUUGGAUACUUAAGUAUUGUUAGAUGUGGCUUCCCCCAUUGCAGCCGGGAACUAAUGUGUUAGCCUCAAUGGCAACAUGAUGCAUGAGAAAUGAAAGAUCUUUGUAAAUAGUCAAUAUUUAUUUACAGGAAAAGCCCGACCUUACUAUCUGAACACCCAUGACUCAUGAGAGGAUGUUUGGUGUUCACAUGCGUUUCUUCUCUCCUUUGGAUAGCAGAGACUUGAAGCUUACAAAAGAAUGCCUAGAACAAGAACUUUUUGUCAUUAAAAUUUUGCCUGGUGUUCUGAUAUGUGACUUUGAGGCCAGUGGGUCAUAAAGAAAUGCAGGACAGCUGACAAGGGGUUUAUGCAAAGGAGGGAGGACUUUCUACAUACCUUGUAUCUGUGGAGCUAAAAUCGUAGAACUGAACUCAUCAAAAUUGUGACUCUUAUUGCUCCGUCUAACUGUGAAAAGAAAUUGCUGGAAACUAAAGCUUAGCAAGCAAUUUUUGUUCAAUGCCCACAGAGUCUUGUAGAAUUGGGAACUGAUACUUGUACCACUUAUAGGUUCAAAAAUUAUAUCUUUACCUAUGUGUCUUACAGGUUUUUAUUUAGGAGAAAAUUAUUUGAAUCAAAUUCUACUUAGUCAAACCACCUUUUAUGUUUUAUUAUUUUUGCAAUCAUGGAGCCAUCAUAAAAAUAUUUUUAAAUAUGACUUUAUUGAUAGCCUGGAAUAUAAAAUGUCAAUUUUAAAAAUAUAAUCAAAGUCUGAAUUUUGAUAAAACACAUAACAUAGAAACUUCUAGUACUUUGGGUUGACCCUCGUAUGCCACAGCUCUGCUCUAUUUAUUAUUAUUUUGCAAAAUAACCAUUUUAACAUUUGAUAAAGCAUAUUUAUGAACACAUUUCUUAAUAAGAAAAAUGUCCAUUUUAUUACCAUUUUCUAUCUUUUUCAAAAUAUGCAAGUUUUUACAUAUAUGUCUUAUAAUAAAAGAAAUAAAAUCUUUG